AUGACACAAUCUUCCUGUCUCUGUGGCGCAAACGUCAUCACCUACGCCGGCGAGCCUGAACUCAAGUUCAGAUGCCACUGCGCUGAUGAGCCCAAGCUCACGGGCGCCGCUCCAUUCUCGCUCAACUUUAUCGUGUCUACCGACACUUUGAAGGUUGUCAAGGGGGAACUCAAAACAUGGGGAUUCGUCGUGGAGAGCGGCAACUUCAUGUCGAAUCACUGCUGCGGAGAAUGCGGAAGCUUGUUGUACAGGACUUCAACCGGAUUUCCGGGAAAGAUGGCGAUCAAGAUUGGCUGUGUGGACGAUGAAGACUUGGUAAAGUCGUUUGUGCCGGAAGUGGAAAUCUUUACGAGGAACAGAGCUUCCUGGGUGCCAGUUGUUGAAGGAGCUGUUCAAAAUUGGUCGGAUUUUGGAAGUGGAGAGGGGUUAGAGGCG